AUGACCGGGAGGCACUUGAUCAACUUCCUCGUCAAUAGUCCAGAAGGUACCUUCUUCUUAGGGACAGCCAAUGUUUCUUCUGAAACAGUUGAUGCAAAUCUGGUGGCAAAGCUGUUGAGUGAACAAAUUGAUGCAAUUGGCCCUGAAUUGGUAGUCCAAGUAGUUAGCAAUAAUGGCUCUAACUACAAGGUAGCCGGUAGACUUCUAAUGGAAAAGUAUCCUACAAUGUAUUGGACACCUUGUGCUGCCCACUGUUUGGAUCUUAUGCUAGAGGACAUCGGGAAGAUCAAAGAGUUCAGCCGUUGCAUUGCUAAAGCAAAGAGAACAACCAGAUUUAUUUAUUCCCAUGGAAAGGUUCUUGAUUUAAUGAGAAGCUUGAAUGGUAAGCAAGAAAUUGUGAGGCCUGGAGCAACUCGUUUUGCUACGUCAUUCCUUACUUUGCCAAGCAUGUGGAAGCAAAGGCAAACAUUGAAAACUCUCUUUGUUAGCACACAAUGGUAUGCAAACAAAUUAAAGGACAACGAAGGAGGGAAGGCGGAUGAAGCAACUGUGAUCUCCGUGUCAUUUUGGCAAUCAGUGGAGUGUUGCAUGAGAGCUUCACAACCACUUCUUAGAGCUUUGAGGAUUGCUGAUGGUGAUGAGACUCUGGCUAUGGCAGAAAUGUGGGCAGCCAUGGAUGUUGCAAAGACACACAUAAAGGAAGCUUUGACACAUAAGCCAAACCUCCUAGGUCAAGUGGUAGCUAUUGUUGAUAAGAGGUAG